GUACAAUCUAUGGGACUGUUUUAUUCUUUAGCAUAAUAAUGAACAGUUCUUUGGUAAACUUUUUGCGCGUGCCGACGCAGAUGUGAUGGACAUCGCGCUAUUUAUAAGCCGUACGUAACAGAAGUCCUCUGAAGCUGAACUCUUCUGAAUAAAGGGGAAGAUGAUGUUGCAGUCAGGGUGGGCUCUAAUCUGUCUCCUUCUGUUCAUGGCGGGAACUGCAGGUGAGGUGAUGCUGCAGUGCAGUGUUUCUCCAGCAGGGGCGCUGCAUCCUGUGCAUGCUCAGCUCGAGCGCUUUGAGGCGGGACCAGGCUGUGCUGCCAGAGAGGGCGGGGCUAAAGAGACCCAUGUGAUCUCUGUGGCAAGACCUAAUCACAGCACUGACAAAAUGGUGACGGUGGUUCUGAGGCCACUGUCCUACUCACAUCCUGUCCAUCGCCCAGUCAUUCUUGUACUAAGUUCCCAGCAUGCCAUGCACUGGGUACUGGAGAGCGAAGGACUGCCAAAGAAUCUUCAUGUUCUGGUGCAGGUCUCAGAGAACUCCACACUGGAGAACGGACGUGUAUCGGCUCGAGUCCAUUCCAUCCCAUCGAUGCCAUGGCGACCUCGUGCUCUACUGCGCUGGACCCUUCAGCGUCACGCAACUGUCUCCUCUCUUACACACUCAGCCAGCGCCAAUCGUGUCUACCUCCGCCUAGGAGAAGAUCCCAGCAUGCCGAGCGUGUGUCGCCUGCAGUCUCUCUUCCUCUCUCAUAACUACAUGGUGUCCAAGCUGCAGGAGCAGGAAGUGAAUGGCUGCGCUUCUUCAGAGAGUCUUCUCAACCCGGAGGUGCACGUCAUCAAGCUGUGGUCUGCCGGCUCUGGACUCUGUGGGUCAUUACAGGUGGAGGUGUCUGUCUCUCUGCUGCCCCCGGUGGCUGAUGCUGGCUGGUGUAAUGUGGUGUUAGUGUUGAGCAGUGCUGCUCCUGUGAACUGGGCUCUGGUGACUCCAGGUCUCCGUGGACACAUCACAGUUCAUUCGUCUCACAGCGUGACGCCUCUCUAUCCUCCCAAACCCGACCUCACCAUGAGCAGCACCGUCAUCCCUGACCUCAUCACAACCCCUGACCUGCUCACCUGGGCCAAUCAGAACGGCUUUUCCUCUUUGAUGUCAUACACUGAAGCUCAUCUAGCCAAUCGGUUCGUGAUCAAGCUGAAAGGGGGCGGAACAGUGCAGGCUGUCAGGGAGGCGAAGCUGGAGGAGUCGUGGCUGAGACGUUGGAUGUCACAUGAGGUCGACGAUGCUGUGGACAGCAGGAAGGUCGUCAGCGUGCAAUGUGCGGAUGGACGCCUCGCUGUCUCUGUGGAUAAAAGCUCCUUACAGGCUUUGGCUCUGUCAGUUUCGGCGGUGACCCUGAAGGACCCCUUGUGCCAGGCACGGGCCAAUGGGAGCCAUUUCCUGUUGGUAUUUCCAGUCAUUUCCUGUGGGACUGAAGGAGAGAUGGAGCAACACGGCAGAGAAGUGCAGUACAGAAACACGAUAUUGUUGUGGAAGUCUAAGCCUUCACUCGACAUGUUGGAAACCACAAGAGAGAAAUCAGCCAACGAAUCGACACCGAUGGUUAUUCAUUUCAGUUGUGCAGCUCCUCUGCCUGCUCUCAGCAGUGCAUCUACACCGAGCCUGUCCUCCAGGCCACAGGGGAUGCUGCGUAGUGGAAAAGGCUCCGGCUCAGCCCCUGGCUCCGCCUCUGACCCUGGCCCUGCCCCAGGCCCCGCCCCUGCCCCUGUCCCUGGCUCUGCCUGGUUCCCGGUCCCACACAGUGGUCCUCCACUCAACAUGCAACUGUUUGCCACCGACAAGUUUGAACAGAAAGCAGUGGGGCCCUGCGUGGUGACGGUUCAAGGACGAGUGUACGCCAAGAUCUCAGGCAGUGUGGGGGUCAGUGAGAGGUUGGAGUUGCGCUCAUGUGUGUUCUCUCCUCUAUCAGACCCACGUGCUCAGAUCGGUUGGCCCAUCAUCAGAAACUUCUGUCCUGCUGACUCAUCCUUCAUCAUGCACACAGAGACACAGACAGAGCGUGGAGCAGGUGAGGAUGAAGAUGGAGACACAGAGAGCAAUGAAGAAGAAGAACCAGACAGUGAUGAUGAAGAAAGAGCAGAGGAACAUGUGGCUGAGAAAGAACAGGAUGCCAGUGAGGACGAGGAGCGUCCUGCUCCUAAACCGAGUGACGAUGAAGAGUCUACGGGGACGAUGAGACUUCCCUCAGACACCCGGAGAGACAGACAUUUACGGGGAAUGAGAGACAGUGUGUCCAGAGGAGUGGAAAAGAAACAAAGUGCAAAAAAGAAAGAGAAGACGAUCCAACUCCGGUUCAGCUUCAUUCUGCGGCCGGUGUUUAAUAACUCCAUCCAGUUCCUGCACUGCAGCCUGCAACUGUGUGGAGACGCCACUGAGACACACAGAGACUGUACACACACACCUGCUCCAACAAACACACCUGCAGCUCAACAGUGUGAAUACAGG